AUGUCAGGAGAUAAUGUUAAAUAUAGAUUACAAAGAAUUCAAACUUUAAAUGGUGAUGAAGAAAUUGUUUUGAAACAAACUUGGGCUUAUUUAUUAAAAUAUUUUGGUUAUGACAUUGCUAUUCCAAAUCAGGAUUUACCUUUUAAACAAUGUUAUGUUUCUUCAACUACCACAGCGAAUUUUGAUGAAUCUCAAGGUAUUGCAAGAAAUGGGUUAAUUAAAACAAAUACAAGAGGUUCAAUUAAUUCUUCAAAAUCUUCUGCUUCAAAAAAGAAAGCUGGUUUAUUUGGUUCAAAAAAAUCCUCUUCUGCUUCAACUCAUAAUGCAAAUAAUACUGGAUUUGGUCAAGGAUCUCCAAGUCCAAAUUCAAAAAGAAUGUUACAAUUACAAUCUCAAUCUUCAAAAGAAAGAUAUCAACCAGUUGAUAGACCUAAUGAAUUAAUUUAUUCAGUUUAUGCUCAUCAUUAUAAACAAGCUUAUGAAUAUCAAGAUGAUUAUGAUGGUUCUAAUGGUUCUAAUGGUGGUGGUGCGUUUGCUAGUGGUGGCGCAUUUGCUAGUGGUGGUGCAUUUGCUAAUGGUGAUGGUUACGAUGAUGAUGAUACUGCUUCUGUUGCUUCAAUGGAAACUUUUGUCACAGCUUCAACUACUUUAACUGAUUAUGAUGAUUAUCCAGCUCAUAUUUUUAAUAAACAACAAAAUGGUAAAUCAUAUGGUGGUAGAAUUGGUAGACCAGGUCAACAGCAACAGCAACAUCAACAACAACAACAUUAUCAACAACAACAUCAACAAAGAAAUGGAUUUGCCGGUGGUGCAAUUGGUGGUGGUCCUUCUUUAUACGACGCUACCGUCAAUAAACCAUUAAAAGUAUCUCCUGAUCCUUCAUUGUUACCUUGUUUUUCCCAAUAUAAAGUAAAAGAUUUACAUAAAGCAAUUAUAAAAGCUACUCGUAAUGAUUUAUUUGAUAAUUUAGUUUUAAAAUUUGUUAGAGCAAGAAAAUGGGAUACUGAAAAAGCUUUAGAAAUGUUUACAAAAUCUUUAAAUUGGAGAGCAAAUGAAUUUACAACAGAUGAAUGGUUAUUUGAAUCAGAUGGUCCAUCAUAUUUAAAUGGUACAAAUCAAGGUUUUAUUAAAAAUUUUACAACUGAAAAAUCUUGGAUUAAAGGUAGAGAUAAAAAUAAUAAUCCAAUUUUUAUGUUUCAAGCUAAAAAACAUUUAACUUCUGAUUCUCCAUUACCACAAAAUCAAAGAUAUGCAGUUGUUACAAUUGAAUGGGUUAGAUUAUUCUUGAGAGAAGUUAGUGAAUCUGUUGAUACAUGUACAAUUGUAUUUGAUUUAACUGGAUUUUCUUUAAAAAAUGCUGAUUAUGCGACUAUUAAAUUUUUAGCUGAUGUUUUUGAAGCUCAUUAUCCAGAAACUUUAGGAUUUAUUUUAAUUCAUAAUGCACCAUGGAUUUUUUCAACAGUUUGGAAUAUUAUUAAAAAUUGGUUAGAUCCAGUAGUUGCAUCAAAAAUUCAUUUUACAAAGAAUGCAAAAGAAUUAUCAAAAUUCAUUGAUCCACAAUUAAUACCAGAUUAUUUAGGCGGUGAAGAUACAACAAGAGGUUAUUAUCCAAUACCUGAACCUUAUGAUGAUAAACCUCCAAGAGCAAAAGAUCAAGAAUAUUCAAGAUUAAGAAGGGAAAGAGAUGAAUUAUUUACUAAAUUUUUUGAUGUUACCAAAAAAUGGAUUGAAUCAACAAAUCCAAAUGUUUCUUCAAAAUAUCUUGCUGAUAAAAUAGAUCUUAAUAUAAAAUUAAGUUCAAAUUAUAUACAAUUGGAUCCUUAUAUUAGAAAUAGGGGUAUUUAUGAUAGAGAUCAUACUUUACAAGUUGGACAUUAA